CUCUUUAAUCCUUCUCACUCUGCCUUUUUACAUUCUCGCGAUUAGAUUCUCGGGAUUUGCAGAGAGGGAUAGAGCUGCUCUCCAUGUCUAGGGUUUGCCUCUUGAUUUACAAAGAUACUCUCCAUUUCUAAGGUUUAAUUUUGGAUUUGCAGAGUGACAUUCCAACUGUAGGGCUUGCCCCUCGAUUUUGAGAGAGCAAAUCUUUCGUUUAGGGUUUGCCCCUCGAUCUGCAGAGGGUGACUCCAGUUUUUAGGGUUUGCCUCUGGAUUUACAGAGAGUGAGAGAUGGGUGUUCUCUCAAAUAGGAUCAAUAGGGCAUUGAUCACGCCAGGGGAUCACAUAUACUCGUGGAGAACUGCCUAUAUUUAUGCUCAUCAUGGCAUCUAUGUCGGAGACAACAGGGUCAUCCAUUUCACCCGAGGCCGAGGCCAAGAAGUGGGCACCGGGACUGCCCUUGACAUCCUCCUUUUGAGCUCUGCCCCAACCCGCACCCUCGAUCCCUGCCCCACCUGUGGCCAUUCGUCAGUAGAAGAUGCCCACGGUGUCGUCUCCUCAUGCCUUGACUGCUUCCUUGCUGGCGGUGUCCUCUACCGCUUCGAGUACUCAGUCACUCCCGGGGUUUUCCUUGCUAAGGCACGUGGGGGCACGUGCACCCUCGCAAGCGCUGACCCUCCCGAAACCGUGAUCCAUCGAGCCUUGCACUUGCUAAACCAUGGGUUCGGUUGCUAUAACGUGUUCAAAAACAAUUGCGAGGACUUUGCAAUAUAUUGCAAGACUGGCUCACUUGUGUUGGAUAAUGGGAGGAUUGGGCAAAGUGGGCAAGCAAUCUCUAUCUUGGGCGCACCCCUUGCUGCAGUGUUCUCAACGCCACUGAGGGUCGUGAGCACGAACAUUUAUGGGAUGGCAGUUACAGCAGCUGGCGUUUAUUGCGCGAGUCGGUAUGCAUGUGACAUUAGUGUUCGCCCUGAUGUUGUGAAGAUCGAAGUUGAGGAGCUCACAACAAAGCUGGCAGCGAUGGCAGGGAUUGCGGCAAGUGCUGGCUUUGCACCGGUUGCGCAAGCUGUUAGGUCAGUGGAUUGAUGUGGUCUCUCUGAUUAAUGCUUUAUGUAUCCUUAUAUUGAUUGAUGUGGCGAUGUUAAUGUAAAGACAUGUGAUGCUUAUGACAUGGAUUAUGGGACUUUUUGUGAUGUGGAGCAGUAAGGAUUUAGUUUCAAUUUCAGUAGUAGUAGUAGUAAAUGAACAAAAGAACUACUGAUAUAAAUAUUUUGACUAGUUGUGUAAAUUUUACUUCUCUUUGACGAA